CAUCCCUUAAAGCCGGCCUUAUACAAGGCGCGGCUUUUCUCCUGUCGGUUUCCUUUGUGGUUUUUUGCGCAGUUUGGUCUCAACGCUGCGCUAUCUCUUCAUUCCCACACAGAUAAAAUCAUAAAUGCAAUUCUGCGAUUCUGUGCCCACAUCUUAUACCUCAGCAGCUUCCUUGUUCACAUCUACAAGAGUAAACGCUUCGUAGAUUUCUUGAGUUCUCUUUUAGUUGUUCCGCCUCAACAUACAAACCCGCCGCUGUGUUUCCUAAAUUGAGAAUUUUAAUUAACAGCGUUAGGAAACUUAGUUUAUAAAGUCAUCUCACCCAGAUUUGUCCUGCUUUUCCAGUAAAGAUGGAAACGGAUGAUGGCCAUGGGGAAUCGAGGACAAAUCUGAUUUUUCUGUAUCUGCCCCAAGAAUGGCGCGAUCAGGAACUGCGUGCGGCCAGUAAGCCCUUCGGGGACAUAACGUCUUGUCGUGUGGUGCGGGACAAAUCCACAGGUAACUCGUUGGGGUACGGAUUUGUGGAUUUUCGUCAUCAGCAGUCGGCGGAGAAAGCGAUUGAAAAACUUAAUGGGAUGCGAAUUUCCAAUAAGACGAUCAAGGUUAGCAGAGCGAGACCCCGGAGGGAAGAAAUCAAGAACGCCAAUCUGUACGUGAGAGGACUGCCAACUACCUGGUACGAGGGAGAGAUUUCCGAAUACUUUUCCAAACUCGGAAAGGUCAUUUCCGUUCGCAUUUUGAAAGAAGCAGUGACUGGGCACAGCAAAGGAGUGGGGUUCGUCAGAUUUAACACUGCUGCAGAAGCAGCUUCCGCUCGCAAAUUGUUGAAUAGCCGUCAGAUAGAUGGUCAUACACUUCUGGUGGAUUUCAGUCAUCGUUCUGCUAAUUCGGAAAGUGAAUCAUCCACAGUCGAACAUGAAAAUGUUCAGUGUGAUAUCAGUUUGCAUUGCGGUAACGCGUAUCAACCGUACCCAGCGUACACACAACUGGAAAAUCCUGCUUCGAGUCCUGCGGGAAUGAUUGUUACGCAUGGUGGAGAUGCCGGUUUCGGCAGGUUAGUAUAUCCUUCAGCAUUCGGAAUUUACAACAGCACGGUCAACAACCUGGUUCCUUACGCACCGAUGGGCAUUAACAUGCAUUCAGUGCAAAACGCUCCCAGUUACGCUCAGAUCGCGCCCAGCUUCACUGAUCCAGUCUUCCCAUCUCCUUCCGUGGUUCAGUUCGUUGGUGACCCUGUGUCACUGUAUGUCGGCAAUCUGGAUGAGAGUGUGACCCCAGAGGAUUUGCGUGAACUGUUUGCGCGAUACGGCACCACAGUGUCGAAUGUUGAGUUGCUGCUGCGUAAAACUAGCCGAAACUACCGCGCGUCGAGCUAUGGAAUGAAGUAUAGUUUCGUGGAAUUGUUGAACAGUUCGGAAGCCGAUCGGGUGAUUGAAGCUCUCCAUGGCUGCAAAUGGAGAGGUCGCGAUAUCGUGGUUCGACGUAAAACUACGUUGAAGCAGAAUCCCCGGUUCAGAACGCGUUGAAGUGACCUUUGUUACGUUUCGCCGUUUGCGUGCACAUGUCGUUGGUUUGGGAAGUUACUUUGUGCCUCUUCGGAAUGGACGCGCAUCUUAUUUUAUAUUUAAAGCUGUAGUGUAGAACUACGAGUAGUUGUUGAUUACUGCCGGCCUAGGCCUGGCGGACAGUUGUUAUGAGUUUCGAGUUGUUUCUGUUUGUGAACCGCUCGUUUUCGACUGAUAACUUCAUUAUCGUUUUAUGUUUUAGAACUUGUAUUAGCCGGCCGGGCUUUUUAUUCUUUGUGGUUGCAAAUUUAACAGCAUUUGUGGUUUAGCGUUGUAUCACAGUAUUUGAAAUAGUUUGUAUAUUAUGCUUCACGGUUUGUGAUUGUGAUGCUGCAGUUUAUUGUAUGCACAGGUUUACAUGUUACUCGACAGCAAUAAUACUCAAGACGAGUUCUUGAGCUUAUGAUUGUUUGAGAGAAUAAAAAGUUUUGGAAAUUGUGG